GGAGAAUGGUAGACCGUUAAAUAAUUAACUAAUCAUGCUUGCGUGUAACUUUAGCACUUGGACAAGGAGGGCUACUUGAUUUUUGGAAUUAUCGCCACCAUAUCUUUCAAAUCCUAUAUAAGGAGAUCAGUUUCCCGCUUGCAAGUAAUUGUUUCUAACAUUUUCUCAACAUCAGAACAUUGAUUUUUCAACCGGCUUAAGCACUCAUAUCUCCACCCCACAUAAAAUUUCUAUACAUACUAGCAAAAUGGUCUACCCUUCAAAUUUCAAAGUUGUCAGCAGAAAAUUGAACCCUUCCACUGUGGUUGCAUCUGCACCUUUCACCAGGGCCAACAAGUUUAACUUCGGUGCUCGUAUGGCUGUGUUCAACUACGAUAACCAAGUCAUCGUCUGGUCCGCUUUACCGUAUGGUACGGAGGUCAAGAAGACGUUGGAAUUGUUGACCGGAAGUGAUGCUAAGCCAAAUAUUACUCACUUGAUAAUUCCAGAUCGUGAACACACAAUUGCGGCAAAGUCUUUCAAGGAAGAGUAUCCAGAGUUGAAGAUUAUUGCCAUGGAUACCGUAUCUAUUCCUGGUGUUGAAAUCGACUACAAAUUUUCUGCCAAAGAGGGUAACAAAUUGAUUGACAGAAAGGUUCUUGAGGAGGAAAUUGGCAUCAAGGAAUCAGUUAUCUUAGACAAUUUCGAGUUCGUCUAUUUACCAUUGCAUGCUAAUCAAGAACUAGUAACCUUUGACAAGAAGGCCAAGGUUGUGUAUGAAGCCGAUUUGCUUUUCAACUUGGGUGUUCCAGGUACUACUAGCGGUAAGGUCACGUUAGAGCAGUAUUCUCCAGAAACUGGAUACAAGCAAGGAUUCAACCCUCACUCUGGUUGGUCUUUCUUAACUAGAUACAUGCAACCACACAGUAAGGUUGGUACAUUUCUUUUCAAUAAACUUGUCCAGACUGCCAAGAGUAAGGAUGGUCUUAAAGCUAUCUACAACUGGGACUUCGACACCAUUGUGCCUUGUCAUGGUAACUUGAUUGAAAAAGAUGCCAAGGCCUCCUUCAAGAGUGCAUUCCACGGAGCAUUUUAGAGGAGAAAAUAACUACAGAGCGGCGGUGGGCAAUUAAUUGUCCUAAUUUUGUAUUUCUUACUUUAAUAUGUUAUGCUUAAUUCAAAUUUAAUGUUUUAUUACUUUG